AUGGCGGCUAUCGCUGCCAGUCCCCCGGAGGUAAUCCGCGCCGCUCAGAAGGACGACUAUUACCGCGGGGGGCUGCGGAGCGCUGCCGGCGGCGUCUUACAUAGCCUGGCAGGUGCUAGGAGGUGGCUGGAGUGGAGGAAAGAGAUUGAGCUGCUCUCUGACCUGGCCUACUUUAGCCUCACCACACUGGCAGGCUACCAGACCCUCGGGGAGGAGUAUGUUGGCCUCGUUCAGGUGGACCCGUCCCGGCGCCGGGUGCCCUCGUGGCUCCGCCGUGGUGGGCUUAUCGCAUUGCACACUGUCCUGCCUUACCUGCUCGACAAAGCACUGUUCCACCUGGAGCAUGAGCUGCAGGCCAAUGACGGUGUGGCUUCGGGGUCCCGUGGCCGGACGGGCGCACGGCUCUGGGUGCACCGGCGCACAGCCCACCUGAGUGAGCAGCAGCGGAGGACGCUCCUGCAGGCGCUGCAUAUCUUCUCUCGGAGCCUCACCUACCUGCGGCGGCUACACAUCGCCUGGUUCUACAUCAGCGGUCCCUUCUACCACCUUGCCAAGAGACUCACCAACAUCACUUAUCUCCGCCCCCACCACCUGCCAUCUGAAGAGGAGCUCAGGGCACGUGCCACCUACAAGCUGCUGGGGGCCAUCUCCUUGUUGCACCUGGUACUCUCCAUCGGGGUCCAGCUAUACGGCUUCAAGCAGAGGCAGCGGGCGAGGAAGGAGUGGAGGGUGCACCGUCACCUGUCCUUCCGCAGGAGCCACAUGGAGGAGCGAGUUGCCCCCAGAAGCCCCCUAUGCACACUGUGCCUAGAGGAGCGCCGGCACGCCACAGCCACACCCUGUGGGCACCUCUUUUGCUGGGAAUGCAUCACUGAGUGGUGCAACACUAAGACAGAGUGCCCCCUGUGCAGGGAGAAGUUCCUGCCCCAGAAGCUGGUUUACCUCCGGCACUACCACUAG